CCUGCUCCCAUUUUUCUCCUCUUUCUAAUCUUCUCCGCGCACCUACGCAUCGCCGCCUCCUCCUCCUCCGCCCAUUCCUUCCUUCCCCACAGCAGAGAAAGCAGAGCCCAGUCUUCCCAGUCCUCCUCUUCUUCUCUUCCACAUCAGAACCCCCCAGCGCCGCGACCACCUCGUCCUUAUCCGCUGCCGCGAACCGCCGCCGCGCGUCGACCGUCAGGUCCGGGACCCGCUGAUCGAUCCGUCCGCCAUGGCGCACUUCCCCCGGGGAACGGCCCUCCUGCGAUCCGCCGUCGGACGGCUGAGGACCGCCCGAUGCGCCGCCUUCUCCAGCGCCGCCGCGCCGGCGGGGCCCGAUGCUGCGGCGACCGGCCGCGAGGGGGUGAUCGCUGCCGCCGCCGCCGCCGCGGCCGCUGGGUCUGGCCUGGGGCUGUGGCUCAUGCCGUCGCUUGCGGACCCCGGCGAGGUGGUCGGCGCCACGGCCGGGCAGAUCUCGGAGGCUGCGGCGGGCGCCGGCGCCGUGGAAGAGCGGCAGGAGAAGAGGAGGUUCCUGCUCGGAGAUUCAUACCGCAAAAGGGUGUUCUUCAAUUAUGAGAAGCGAAUUCGGCUUCGCAGCCCUCCUGAAAAGAUAUUUGAAUAUUUCGCGUCUGUGCGAAAUCCAGAUGGGGAAAUGUUCAUGUCGCCUGCUGACUUGAUGAGAGCAGUAGUUCCUGUUUUCCCUCCAUCAGAGUCCAACAUCGUUCGGGAAGGGAGACUAAGGGGGGAACGCAGCCCAGGGGAGUUGCACUGCGCUCCAUCCAAGUUCUUUGUGCUGUUCGACACAAAUACUGAUGGUCUCAUCUCGUUUGCUGAGUACAUAUUUUUCGUUACAUUGCUCAGCAUUCCCGAAUCAAACUUCAGUGCUGCUUUCAAAAUGUUUGAUGUUGACUUCAGCGGGGAGAUCGACAGAGAAGAGUUCAAGAAAGUAAUGGCACUGAUGCGGUCCUGUAACAGACAAGGAGCUAUGCAUAGGGAUGGCUUGCGUACUGGAUUUAAAGUUGGCCAGUCUGUGGAAAAUGGUGGGUUGGUUGAGUACUUCUUUGGUAAUGAUGGGAAUGAACCUCUACACUUUGAUAAGUUCACGAGUUUCUUGAAGGAAUUGCAUGACGAGAUUAUUCGUCUGGAAUUCAGUCAUUAUGAUGUCAAGUCAAUGGAAACUAUCCCGGCAAAGGAUUUUGCAUUGUCCAUGGUUGCUUCUGCUGACAUGAAUCACAUCAGCAAACUGCUUGAUAAAGUUGAUAUGUUGGACAAUGACCCUUAUCUCAAGCACUUGCGCAUCACCUUUGAGGAGUUUAAGGCAUUUGCGGAUUUACGUCGAAGGUUGGAACCAUUGACGCUGGCUAUAUUUGCUUAUGGGGAAGUAAAUGGGCUGUUGAAAAAACAUGAUCUAAUGCGUGCAGCACAGCAUGUCUGCGGUGUUGAAUUAUCUGACAGAGUGGUGGACAUCAUCUUCCAUGUGUUCGACACAAAUGAGGAUGGGAACCUGAGCUCAGAGGAGUUCCUGAGAGCACUGCAAAGAAGAGAAAACGAUAUUCACCAGCCGACGACGCGAGGUCCUGUGGGAUGGCCGAACUCUAAAAGGUGUUUUGGCUUCCACAGAUGAUACUCUAGUAGAGUCGUCGAUCCUUGCAAGAUUCUUCUCUAGCCUUGGAUUGCAUAACAUUUGGGUGGUACGUUUGCCCAAUCUAGGUUAGACAAAAUUAGUUCCUCCAGUCUUGGUAUAGUAUCAUGUUCUGUCGCUUCUCGGGUAAUGGAGAACAGGAUAGAGAAGUAGUGGACAGCGGCGUGCCAAAUCAAUUUUCCUGUAAAUAUUGUAUAGGUGGUCGAAGAUUGGCCUGCGACAGUUGUAGAUAGUGUCUCUGGACAUGGUUAUGUGUUGUAUAUAUCUCAUGUGGGAUACAGAUGUAAGUUUGAAAUGAAACCUUGACUCCAUUUUAGCUAUUCUAUUUUAUCUUUAUGGCA